AUGAAGGGUCCGUGUGAGACAGCCAUGUUCAAGUCCCUGCUACUGUUGAUGUUGGGGCUUGCCAUCCUGAGAGGGGUAGCAGCACGGAAGAACCCCAAAGCUCCUGUCCCUCAGAAGGCUGGGAAUUGCCCUCCCCUGGAGGAUAACAGUGUGAGAGUUGACAUCCGCAUCUUCAAUCAAAAUCAGGGCAUUUCUGUCUCACAUGACUUCCAGAAUCGCUCCAGCUCCCCAUGGGAUUACAACAUCACCCGAGACCCCCACCGGUUCCCCUCAGAGAUCGCCGAGGCCCAGUGCAGAUAUUCAGGCUGCAUCAACGCCCAGGGGCAGGAAGACAGCUCCAUGAACUCCGUUGCCAUCCAUCAAGAAAUCCUGGUCCUCCGGCGGGAGCCCCAGGGCUGUUCUAAUUCCUUCCGGCUGGAGAAGAUGCGGGUCAAGGUUGGCUGCACCUGCGUCACUCCCAUCGUGCACCGCGCGGCCUGACCAAGCUCCGCAGCAGCAAACGCAGUUGAAGAAGCCGAGGAAGUGCCUCUCUUUACCCAGUGCUCUGCUUGAAGCCUGAUCUCUAAGUCUUCCUGCUUCCUAGGACUCUUAGUAAGAUGCGCAUGGCAUUCUUGAAGCUCUGUACUCGAUGCAAUGUUAACUUCCUGGCGUGCUUUAGAACUGUGACCAGUUCUGAUGUGUUCCAAUGCCUUAAACUUCUGAAAAUCAAGGAGAAUUAAGACACCCUUGGCCCAGCCCCUUUA